CUAUUUGUACAAGAAUGAAAUCCAGUCAAUUGACAGGCAAGCAUUUAAAGGACUUGCCUCUCUAGAACAACUGUAUCUGCACUUUAAUCAAAUAGAAACAUUGGAACCUGAGUCCUUUACCCAUCUUCCAAAACUUGAAAGACUAUUUUUGCAUAACAACAGAAUAGCUCAUUUGAUUCCUGGAACAUUUAGUCACUUAGAAUCUAUGAAGAGACUGCGUUUGGAUUCAAACGCUCUUCACUGUGACUGUGAAAUCCUGUGGCUGGCGGAGCUGUUGAAGACGUAUGCAGAGUCGGGUAAUGCUCAAGCAGCAGCUACCUGUGAGUAUCCACGAAGGAUCCAGGGAAGAUCAGUGGCCACGAUAACACCAGAAGAACUUAACUGUGAGAGGCCAAGAAUUACAUCAGAGCCUCAGGAUGUGGACGUUACCUCAGGGAAUACAGUAUACUUCACUUGCAGAGCUGAAGGCAAUCCUAAACCAGAAAUUAUCUGGCUUCGAAACAAUAAUGAGCUUAGUAUGAAAGAAGAUUCCCGUCUAAACUUGCUAGAUGACGGCACAUUAAUGAUUCAGAAUACUCAAGAAACAGACCAAGGCAUUUACCAGUGCAUGGCAAAGAAUGUGGCUGGAGAAGUGAAAACUCAGGAAGUUACUCUUAGAUACUUUGAGUCACCAGCCCGGCCAAGUUUUGUGAUUCACCCGCAAAAUACCGAAGUGCUAGUUGGAGAGAGUGUUACCCUGGAGUGCAGCGCAACCGGGCACCCUCAGCCGCGAAUUACCUGGACCAAAGGCGACAGAACCCCUUUACCAAAUGACCCUCGUGUCACGAUAACUCCAUCAGGAGGACUUUACAUACAAAAUGUGAAGCAGGAGGACAGUGGCGAGUAUACCUGUUUUGCAACUAACAGCAUAGAUAAUAUCCAUGCGACUGCGUACAUCAUAGUCCAAGCUCUACCUCAGUUUACUGUCACUCCUCAAGACAAAACAGUGAUUGAGGGACAAACCGUUGACUUCCCUUGUGAAGCGCAAGGCUAUCCUCAGCCUGUUAUUGCCUGGACUAAAGGAGGAGGCCAGUUGUCUGUUGACAGAAGACACUUAGUUCUAUCCUCUGGAACCCUAAGGAUUUCCAGGGUUGCUCUGCAUGACCAGGGGCAGUAUGAAUGCCAAGCUGUCAACAUUAUCGGAUCUCAACGAAUUGUUGUAUACCUAACCGUACAGCCUAGAG